GAGAAUCCACUUAUUGCGUGUUCAUAAUUACAGCUGAAAAUUGGACUUCACAGGGAUUGCAUUUUGGAUAAUAUUUGGAUAAAUACCCACAUGUUUGCUCCCUGAAAGCCAAAUACACCCUUUUUUUUAAGUCAAUGGACAGUGAAUUGUCAAUAAUAAUCUGAACAAAAGUGAUUACAUCGAUGAUCCUGACAAUCUCAUUAGCUAGUAAAACCAAAAUAAUCUAAAAUUAUCCCAAAAAAUGGCAUAAAUGUCACACAAAAGGACCCAGAGCUAAAUUCACUGGCUGCCACAGUAAGCUGUCUUCCCCUAAACUCAAUCAGAAAGGUUUAGGGAGCUGAUUAGUUUAAUAUAAGCUGCUGGGAGUAGUUAAUGGUCUUUGCUGGUGUUGAUAAGUAACACUGACUAAUUGGCCAGGGCCAGCAGCAGAGAACCGACACCAGCUCACGGGAACAGGUGGUUUCUUUCUGCAGAUAACAAAGGUGGAUCAGCACCGUCUGUGAUGCUGAGAUGUGGAUAUAAGGAGGAGCUGCUGUAAGUUCUCCACCAGGAUACGAACUUCAGCUGACAGACGGGACUUUUUGCUCCUUUGGCUUCCUCGGCCAGCGUCGUUAUGCAUCGGCACGCUGAGCCGCACGCCAUCGCUCCACUCCUGCACAGACCCCUGACAUACCACCCGAUGGGACACCAGAACAGAAAUUUCGGCCUGCAUCCUGACAGACAAAGACAGCGGCCAUAUUUUGGACCUGCCAGUGCCUUUCACAGCGCAACUCCGAAGUCCUCCAGAUCAGCGACACGAAGAAGCAGCAGUGCCCUACAUGUCUGUAUAGCAUGGAGGAUUUAUUACCACAAACAACUCAAGAAAAUGCGACAGAAAUCCAACAGUCUUCCUCAAGAGACAUCGCUGCAGCUUCCAAUCACAAGUCCUCCCGACUCAGAACAACCCAAAGAACCCCUGCCCUCCUGCAGACGCCCACAUUUAGAUUCUUCAUUUAAAAACUCAGGCGGCACAAGUGAAACUAAAGAAAAAGAAGCAGUUAUCAGCCAUGACCUACCAGAAAUGCUCCCGUACAAACCUGCUUUCCACCUAAGCAGCGAAACACAGCAGGACGACGACGGGGAAAAGACGGGCCGGCCAGUAGACCUCCUCCUGGACGAGAACCUGGAUCCGGAGAGACACAAGAGCCACCAAACUAACACAACGUUGAGUCCACCUCUCCGGGACAAACCAUGGGAUCCAAAGGUGAUCGUGGAACCCGGCGGACAGCAGAGGAGCUCACUCGACAAGAAGAGGCUCCUGGAGGGCUGCAGCUUGGAUGACGUGAAGAGACGGAGGCAAAACGAUGAAGAGGAGCCGUUUGACUCAUCGUCAGUCACUGCACCGCGCGUAAACCCUUCCGCGCAGAGGAUACAGGUGCAGAACAUGAGCGUCAGUGGUUUAUGCGUGUCCUGUUGCAACGGAUGCAGCCCCAUCGUCUCUCAUCCCGGCACUGCGCCGCAUCCCUACCAAAGUGCAUCAUGGGAGCAAACGUGGAACCACAGAAUGGAUGCCCGUCUGAGGCAUAAAAUCUUCAAAGAGCAUUUCUGCGACGGGUUUCAGCGUUUCUUAGCACCUCAGCGGUACUCCCCUCUUGCGCCGAGACACCAGGACACCGUCUACCUCCGAGACGUUUUUAUCCCCGCGGUAGACGAGAACGCUCUCCUCCUGGCUUCUUUCUCUGGAUUUCCACACACCAGAGAGCUGAUUCUCCCGUAACAGUGAAUAGUUCUCUUUAGUCGGCUCUCUGGUCUGGUCUGUGAAGGAUUUGUUGACAAAUGCCAUUCCUCUGAAAAGACAUUUGCUAUUCAGGUUGAGUCUGCUUCAAAAUAUCACACAUAGGUUGUAAAGAUGCCCAUUUACAGCUGGCUGAACACAUGAAUUUUAACUAGUAAUGCACUCACUGUUGUAUGUCUCAUGUUGGGUUUAUAGACCGCUACAUUGUAAUAAAAGUCUGUUUUAAGGUCUUUGACCUCAAUUAAAGCCUGUUUAUCGUCAAUUACAUUAUAGUCCAAUGUACAGUGCGGUGAAAUAGUAUUUGCCCCCUUGAGAUUUCUUUUAAAAUAAAUUUUAAAAUCCAACAUAACCAGAUUAAAUACAAAAAGGCAUUUUACAAUGAUGAUUUUAUUAAAGUAAAAAAAAAAGGCUUUUCAAACCAACCUGGGCCCCUGAGCAGCAACCGUUGCCAACAAGCAUUUUUGUUAUUGGGAAUCAGUCUUUAAAAUUGCUGUGGAUAAUUUUUUUUUUCAAAUUCAGUCUUUCAAUCUUUG